AAAUCACUUAGUUCCUGCUUUACCAACAACCGAGGACUUUUUAGACGCUCCCUUGGCCAAGCGCCCUGGCCGAGAAUUGCACUGUCACUUGCGACCAGCUCCCUGGGCCCGAGGACGAAGGGCGCAGGCCCGGGAGAGGCUGUGGCUGGCGGAGACUGACCUGGAGGGGCAGGGGCGGGGGCGGCGUGGAGGAGGCGGAGGCCGGCGGUCAGCUCUGCUCCAGCUCGAUUGCCAUGUCCCGCCAGGCGAAGGACGACUUCCUGCGGCACUACACAGUCUCGGACCCCCGGACCCACCCAAAGGGCUACACAGAGUACAAAGUGACGGCUCAGUUCAUCUCAAAGAGGGACCCGGAGGAUGUCAAAGAGGUGGUGGUCUGGAAGCGGUACAGUGACUUUCGAAAGCUGCAUGGAGACCUGGCCUAUACCCACCGCAACCUCUUCCGCCGCCUGGAGGAGUUCCCUGCCUUCCCCCGCGCCCAGGUGUUUGGCCGGUUUGAAGCCUCGGUGAUCGAGGAGCGGCGAAAGGGGGCCGAGGACUUGCUUCGCUUUACUGUGCACAUCCCCGCACUCAACAACAGCCCCCAACUCAAGGAGUUCUUCCGGGGUGGGGAGGUGACACGGCCCUCCGAGAUGUCCAGAGACGUGCAUAUCCUGCCACCCCCUCUGAUCCCCACACCGCCCCCUGACGAACCCCGGGUGCAGCCUCAUGAGCCCUGGUUGCCCCAGCCGCUCCCUGCAGAGAGGAGGGGCCUCGAGGAGUUGGAGGUGCCAGUGGACCCCCUGCCAUCCAGCCCUGCCCAGGAGGCCCUGGAUCUCCUCUUUAACUGUGGGAGCACCGAGGAGGCGUCCAGUUCCCCCGGCCGAGGCCCCCUCACCGAGGCUGAGCUUGCCCUCUUUGACCCCUUCUCCAAGGAAGAAGGUGUAGGCCCCAGUCCUACCCACAUGGGUGAGCUGGCAGCAUUGGAGGCAGAAUCUGAAAGACUGGACCAGGAACCCUGGGAGCCAGGAGGGCAGGCGGAGGAAGAGGACGAGGAAGGAGGGCCCGCCCCUGCCUAUCUGAGCGAAGCCACAGAGCUCAUCACCCAGGCCCUACGGGAUGAGAAGGCAGGCGCCUACCCUGCAGCUUUGCAGGGUUACCGGGAUGGUGUGCACAUCCUGCUUCAGGGAGUUUCUGGUGACCCAUCACCUGCCCGCCGGGAGGGUGUGAAGAAGAAGGCGGCUGAGUACCUGAAGCGGGCAGAGGAAAUCUUGCACCUGCAUCUGUCCCAGCUCCCACCCUGAGACGGGAGAGGACCCUUUCCCAGGACUCUAGCUCCAGCACUGCCAGCCACCCUCUUCUCCUCUCCCUGGUGCCUGGCCUGAUCUUCUGGUCUUGUAACUCCAGAGGCCAUUUCUGUGUGUAACUGGACCAAGAAUGAGACAAAUAAUGAAUUCUCAGCUCCCUGACCACACCUGCCACCUUGGAAUCAGGGACUCACAAGUCUGAUCCUGCCUAUCUCUAUCUUGAUAUGUGAGCAGCAGCUCUGGUCCCUAGGCUCUUUGUUUAUCCAUCUAGAACCGGGGUCUGCAGACUAUGUCCCGCACCCAAAUAUGGCCCACUGCCUUUUUUUGUAAGGCCCACAAGCCAGAAGAGUUUUUACUUUUUUUUAAUAGUUGAAAAAAUUCAAAAGAAUAAUAUUCUGUGGCAGGUGAAAAUUACAUGAAAUGUAAGUAUCUAAAAAAUAAAAGUUUAUUGGAACACAA